AUGACACCUGGAAAAAUGGGGGAUUCUCGUUAUAUCCACCAAUGCAUUGGUCAGAACUACCUUCAUUUUGUGACAUUCUCUUCUUCACACUGUCGACCACCUGUUGGACCUUCAGAAGCAUCUCUCCUGGAUACAGAAGCCUCCUCCGUGGAUGACUCCCAUUUUUUUGGGAUUGCUAAGAAGCGGAGGAGAGCUCCAGUGGCUUUUUCUCAAUCUAAUAAAAGUGCCAUCAAAUUUGACGCCCCAAAAUACGAGAGCAACCUCCAAAUUAAGAAAUGGGUCCAGAGCCUUCAAGAUCAAGGGCGAAAGAAAGCUCUGAUAUUGAGGAAGGUCGAUUGUAACGAAAAAUGGGAGUCAUCCACGGAGGAGGCUUCGUAUCCAGGAGAGAUGCUUCUGAAGGUCCAACAGUGGUCGACGAGUGUGAAGAAGAGAAUGUCACAAAAUGAAG